AUGAUGGAAGCUAGUGAUCUGAAAGGUAAAUGGACUUUGGGAGAUACAGACACAAAAGAGACAGAUGAUCCUAAAGGAGAGAAGAAAGAUGACGUAGCUAUGAUAUAUAUCUGUGCCACCAUGUGGCAUGAGACUGAACAAGAAAUGAUUAACAUGCUAAAAUCUGUCUUUAGGUUAGACUCUGAUCAAAGUGCUAGAAAGUUGGCCCAGUCGUAUUUUGGAUUGACAGAUCCUGAUUAUUACGAGUUCGAAGCACACAUAUUUUUUGAUGAUGCAUUUCAAGCUCAUGACGAUACAUGUGUAGAUUUUCGGGUCAACGAUUUUGUUAAACAGCUGGUGAGGGUUAUGCAGCGAGCAGCAAGUGAUAUUCAUGGUGGAGGUAUGGAAAUUCAAUCACCAGUGAAGGUUGCCACGCCGUAUGGUGGCAGAUUAACAUGGAACAUGCCUGGCGGAAACAAGAUUAUAGCCCAUGUCAAGGACAAAGCGAAGAUCAGACAUCGCAAACGCUGGAGUCAGGUGAUGUACAUGUACUAUUUUCUUGGGUAUCAAUUACUCAGUAAGAAAAUGUCUAUGAAGCGAAAGAAGAUUCGAGCAGAGAACACCUACCUCCUAGCUUUAGAUGGAGAUGUAGAUUUUCAACCCAUGGCUGUACAGAUAUUGGUGGAUAGGAUGAAGACAAACCCUAAUCUAGGAGCGGCCUGUGGUCGCAUUCAUCCCAUUGGUUCUGGACCAAUGGUGUGGUAUCAGAAGUUUGAGUAUGCAGUAAGCCAUUGGUUAGCUAAAGCCACAGAACAUAUGUUAGGUUGUGUUCUGUGCAGUCCUGGAUGUUUCAGUUUGUUCCGUGGUUCAGCUCUGAUGGAUGAUAACGUCAUGAGGAAAUACACAACUCCACCAACUGAAGCCAGACACUAUGUACAAUAUGAUCAAGGUGAAGAUAGAUGGUUAUGUACGUUGUUGCUACAACAGGGUUAUAGAGUUGAAUAUGCUGCGGCGUCUGAUUCCUAUACAUUUGCACCAGAAGGAUUCUAUGAGUUUUACAACCAAAGGCGAAGAUGGACCCCUUCCACCAUGGCUAAUAUCCUUGACCUUCUGAUGACGUGGACAGCAACGACUAAAAAGAAUGAAGAUAUUUCCUGGCUGUAUAUGUUUUAUCAAACUAGCUUACUUACAUUCAGUAUUAUUACACCUGGUACGAUAUUCCUGCUAGUGCUUGGUGCUUUAAGAACAGCUUACGAAGACAUCCCUCUAUACGGUGCUUUAAUUCUUAAUCUAAUUCCUGUAUGUAUAUUUGUAUUUCUGUGUUUAAAGGCACCAUCAAAAUACCAGCUUGCAUUUGCUGGAAUUCUGUCUAUUUUCUACAGUUUACUUAUGAUGUUAGUAUUGGUCGGAUUAAUCAAACAAGUUGGUGAUUAUGGUUUUUGUUCUGUGACUACCAUCUUUAUGACCACGGUAGCUUCCAUUUUUAUUGUAGCUGCUUUUCUGCAUCCACAAGAGUUUACCUGUAUUCUCCACGGUUUUUUGUACUUUUUAACCAUUCCAUCUAUGUCCAUGUUAUUGGUUAUCUAUUCACUGGCUAACUUGCACAACGUUUCUUGGGGAACUCGUGAAGUUAAACAAGCAGCUCCACCACCUAAACAACAGGUA